AUGCCUCCCAAAAAUGCCAAAACCGUUCCGGACUUCCUGGAGCUGACCAAAAAGUACGGGUUGAAGUUUGAGGGCCCAGCCCUUCCCAGCCAAUGGCCAAAACAACAUAAAGAUACUUUUGAGGUCGUCUGGAAUAUGAAAAACUUGAGGUUUGACGAGCUCAAGGAGUCUCUAUCCAAUUCUCCAGACAGCGACGAACAUCGACUGACACAACAACGUGUUGUGGAUGCCUUGACCUUGAGCAUGUCAGCAAACGAGUGUCGUGCGCUAUGGUCAAACGAGGAAACCUGGAAGGUCAAUUUGAUGUCCAAAAUCUUCAACACUUUCGAUAAAGACGCGCGCUUCUUACGCUGCGGUAACCGACGCUGGAUGUCGAGUUUCCAAGCGCUCCAUGCGGACCCGGUCCUUCGCGACCGACUCAAAAUCCGACAGGCGAAAAGAACGCCAUGUCUCUGUAGUGAGAAAGAACUGGCUAGCGCAUUCAUUCGCCUACACGAGGAAAACAACCAUCAUCCAGACAACGUAUUCCAAGUGGUCUAUGAUAUGCCAUUCACUUAUCACCCUUCUGAUGAUAUCGAAGUCAAGCAAUACUGUACACGAAAACCAGACGGUGUAUAUGGACUACGAAGAACGGGCGUGUUUGACUCGUUACUUGAACGGCACGGAGAUGGAUUGUGGACCAGUCCAUUCGGCAACGAGACAGUACUUUACCCUUUUCUUGUCGUCGAGUGGAAGUCAGAACAAGGAGGCCCAGGGUUCUCUUCCAUCGAGCGUCAAACUGCGUUUCCGAUUAGAACUAUGUUGAGACUGCAACAACAUCUAUUUACCGGAGCCGAUUCCAGAGCUGGAGUGAAUCCGCUGGUUUGGUUUAUGGGAAACCAGGGUGAAGAUUGGAGGGUCUAUGCAUGCGUGACCGACGGGCAACGAUUUCGGGUGUUCCACCUCUGGAAAGGAAUGGUCACCUUACCUGAGGAUGCUGCGCAACUUCUUUACAUCGUUGACUACAUCGCGGACUGGGCUCGCGAUGUGUAUAGAGCAAAUGUCCUUCAUUGCUUAUCCGAUGAGAGCCCAAUAUCCAGCCUCGGGGACUCAAUGGUGACUCAAAUCAGCCAUGUAACCCUUGCUGUGAGGAACAGAUCAAGCAUUGCAGUCUCAGACACCGGCGACGUGCGACACACAAGUCACCGGGAAAUAAACGCUCAGGAAAGAGUGCCACAGCCACCCCUGGAAGACAAUGUGGAGAUCAGAGCCAGUCCGACUCCCGGAAGUCUAUUCGGAAGUACGAACACCCAGCCUGGGAAUCUAUUCAGGGGGCGAACUAUGGAGGAUGACGAUGCGACAUCCGAUAGCUCAAGCACUUCGGUAGUCUCCGAAAGAUGGUCGCGAUCAGACCAGAACGAACGCUCAGGGGAGGAAAUAUUUUUGCGACGUCAGCGACGUGGCCCGCCUAUGUGGCUAGCUCUCAAUGAAAAGUGUAUGGUCAGCCACCUGAACCUCGAGCUGCGUCGAUUUCGACACGUUCGUAUACCUGAAGAUGAUUCCCACCUAAGAUUCUUCAUCGAGAAGUGUAUGGUUGGAAUAAUCUUGGAUAGUAGUGGAAAUAGCGCGGGAAUGGGACUGCGAGGACUAUUGACAUAUGCUAAAAUAUGGGACGUCAAAUCACUGAAUUCGCUUGAGCAACGAUGGACGAACACUGCUACAUUGAUCGAAUCAGAAAAGGACUCCAGAUUCGCUGCAUGCUUGCUCUACAACUGUCACCUGGACCGAUCCUCCGGCACAGUUGUUAGGGAAAUUGUCUGUCUGACCGCCUCAAAGCUCGUUUUCGAGAAGGCUGGACGGGAUCUCGGCUCAUACCCACUUGAAUCCGUCUGUCUGGUGCCCCAGGAUAUAGUGCGUCAUCUAUGGGCACCCGGAACCAGCCAUUUAGUCAGCCAGCUUCUUUAUCCUGAAGUAUACUACAUCGCCACCACCGUUGACCCGCUCUUUUCUUCAAAAUGGGGCCUGCACUUUUGGACCCAUAUGGCGUUUCCUGGUAAGAGAGACCAAGCUGAUUAUAGUCACCCUGCAAGCAGGGAAUCUGAGAAGCUUGUUGCGUACGACAUGCACCCCCGGACCUCAAGACAUUACUCGACAUUUCACUGGGCUUGGCCUGGGCGCAAAAUAUCAUCCGAUGAGAUGGCUCCAGGUGCCUUAUUCAUCAGGCUCUAUGGUCCAAAAUUUUGCAUUCUGGUGUUCGGCCCUGGUCCCAAUGGUCUCAGUGAUCAUAGAUUCCUUUCCAAGGUGCUUCAGCAGCUAAAAGCGAGCAAGAAUCUAUUUGCUGAGCGCCGCCCAACUUUGGCCUACCGGCGAUUAAAUAAGCGCCGGAUGAAUUCGGAUGAGAUCGAUCAACUUGACCAAGUAGCGGCUCUUAUUGAAGAAUUAGGCGCCACGACUCAGGUUUAUGAAGCACACAAAAGUACAUCGGUGGAGACACCUGCAGCACAGCCGGACGGCUGA